AUGCCAAUUGUCUCCCUCUGUCCCCUUUCUUUCGAUAUGAAUGUCGAUUGUCUCCCUCUGUUCCCUUUCCUUCGAUAUGAAUGUCGAUUGUCUCCCUCUGUCCCUUUUUCCUUCGAUAUGAAUUUUUCCGGUAAUAAUUUAUCUCUCUUUUUCUUUCUUUCUUUCUUUCUUUCUUUCUUUCUUUCUUUCUUUCUUUCUUUCUUUCUUUCUUUGCGCACACAUAGUACUUUCUUUCUUUCUUUCUUUCUUUCUUUCUUUCUUUCUUUCUUUCUUUCUUUCUUUCUUUCUUUCUGUUUGUACUCUUAUCCACCUGCUGUUCUGCCUGUUGUUCGUCUGGUCUUGGAUGAAAUUCUUUUCAUCAGAGAAGAAACUCGGGAUCCCGGCGGACCCGUGCUUGAGCUCAGUCAGCAAAGCUGCCGCCUUGACCUUCCUCGACUCCUUGGAGGCAUUCGUGAUGAGAAUGCGUUGAGACUUGCGGUAGUAGGAAUAACCAAUUGUCUUCUUGAUCGUUCGGCAGAUCAUCGACUUGUGACAGACCAUGUCAGCGGCGAUCUUGGCAUAGCUCUUGCUUCCAUCAUUGUUGACUGUCUCCUUGACACCGGCGACGAAGUCGUCAUAAACUCGUCCUUGUUCUUACACGCCUUUCCCUUCCUCCAAAUGUCCAUGACCAUGGUCCUCUUGAACACAAACCAGGCCAUCACUUCCGCAGGCUUCUCCCCGGCGCGAAAAGAAGUUACUAUCGCUGCUCUGCGAUCAUAUUACAUCCUGGAAUAG